AUGGCGGAUGGGGCUGCCUAUGAGUUUUCACCGUCUUGCGCUUACCGACGCCGCAAACAGGUGAGAGAAGCCCUCGCUUUGCAAUGCUCAUGCGAGACUACGUGUUUUCAUCAAGGAAAGCGCGUGACAUUGGCUCCAUUGACAUACACAUACGAAACAGCAGGUUCAAGAGGUGAGGGGCCUUGGACAAACGUUGAUUACAUUCACGCGCUCGCCACUUGUAGGGUAGCCCGCUCAAGCCUUCGCAGAAACUGGCCUCCAGCAUUCCACACCUGCAGGGCUCCCCCCUCCACUCGCUCAGGCACCAGGAGUCGGGAACCCGCCACGAGCGGCCGCUGGCGUCUGGGUUCACCCACGACGGCGGUUCGCCGGCUGGUUGGUGUUGGGUCUGCCCGCCGUGAGUGCCGCAACGUUAUUUCGGGCGCUGCCGUACAAUUACAACGCACUCACUCAGACCCGCCCGCCUGGAUGGCAGCAUCUCGAAGCAACGUGGUUCAUGCACCGGGACCAAUUGGCCGGCCCAGCGCAGCGAACCUUGGGAGGCGGGAGCCACAGGGGAUCGUCCGACAUGCCUCCACACCAGGAGCCAUUACGCCUACGAGACUCACGAUCGAAAUCCGAACGGCCUGCCAGAUAUUGCGCCGAGGAGACAGCGUAAUAUUUGCUCGACGAAAGGUGACGUUGAUGAGGGGUUUCGCCUCGUGGUGGGAUUGGGGAAUUGGGAAUUUGGGACGGGGCCCAGCAGAGAAGACCUUUACCAGACCUUCCCCGUUCGGCCAUCCCCGCAACUGGGGCCCAGCUGUGGACGGGGUCGGGCGUGAAGCGAAUCCUUCGCGCUUGGGAGGACGUCAUGAUCCUUGGCUGCAGCUUUUCGGAAGCGUGGCACGUGCCCACCAUCGCGAAUCCACGCGGCCGGAACUUGAGAGUCGACUUCAAUUGCGAUGGAACUGCCUGUACGUUUUCAAGGGCGCCGCCGCACAGGCAUCAAAGACAUCGGCUGUUAUGACGACGAACGUCGUCGACCAUGUUUACACAACACUCAACGGCGAACAGAGUCCCGUCUGUCAGCCAAGCCUGGUCUCACCAACAACAAGCCACCCCGGGGGGACCGCUGCCUUUGCCGUGCCGCUAGAGAAAUUUUGUUGGCCGAUCGCCCACGUGCGGGCCAACUGCAUCUCCAGCACGACGCCAGGAAUGGAUUGCUUCGGCUAA